AUGGUGCAUUCGUUUCCAAGGGAAUGCCUCGAAGAGGUUUUCCAUAUACUGGAUAAUGACAAAUUCACCUUAUUCGCAUGUCUUCAGGUGAACCGAUUCUGGUGUAGAAGCGCUGUUUCAUUCUUGUGGAGACAUCCUUUUCAACUUGUCAAGAAACCUUCACCCGAAUUAAUAGACAUGUACAUAUCGAUGUUCAGUCAACAAGUCUGCCGUCAACUGAUCAGUGAGGGUAUUAACGUACCCACAAGUUCACCAACGAGAUUAUUCAAUUAUCCAAGCUUCCUUCGGGCGUUUAGAUUUGAUGAUUUGUAUGAAUCAACAUCAGCUUGGUUACAAGAAGGUUAUGACAAAGGGUCACAACACAAGAGAGAAUCCGAGGUCUUUGACGACCUCCGCGUUAUCAAAAUUCUGGUGAAUGAGCUUAUCAAAUUGUUUCUCAGCAAAUCUCCAGUAAUCUACUCCCUAUCACUCAACACUCAACGUCUCGUCGGCCUAAUCGAUCGAAGAUUUUGGUCUCAUCAUCCCGGUGAUAUACAAUAUACGCCCACAAGUUUUGAAGACUUUCGUGGGGCGUAUGGAUUCGAUGAUUUGUUGCAAUUACCUUCGUACGUCGGCGCGGUAAAUUGCUUACCUUACCUGCAGAAGUUUGAAUACGGGGGUGAUGCAACCGAUGGAAAGGUCGUGCAGGCGUUGUCGGAGAUCUGUAAAAAUCUUGAUACCUUGGAAAUAAGUUUUUCAUCAUGGCAAAGAAAACAUGCUGAUCCAAUCAUGAUGCUAUGUUUAUUGCGAGCACAACACGCUUUGAAACGUAUUGUGCUUCGACGUGGCGGAUCAAAUUGUUUGUCAAUAUUGAUAGGAGGAUUAGAAAGUCAGGCCAAUUCGUUGAGAUACCUGGAAUUCAAUGGUGCCGAUUUUCGCGGAUCCAUCUCGCUCAAGGCUGUAUCAUGUUGUGUAAACCUGGAAUCAUUAAUUUUUGAUCGAUGUUUGGGUUUAUCCGAUGAAAUAGUUGAGCCUUUAUCAACCGCGACCUUCUGUCGUCUGAAUAAGUUUGUUUUCCGAAAGAGUAUCGCGUUCCGAGAUUUGAGAAAUAUUCUGGGACCGAACAUGCACCCACCCAUAAUUCCACCACCACCAGCUUUUGUACCCGCACCUUCAUUUUCCACGAACCCACCGAGAAAUCAAAGUCCACCAAAUAUCGCUCAUCCGCUUGCCAUAAUGAUACAAAAUACACGUGGAAGUUUGGAAGACAUCAGGAUGGGCUGGAAAGUUUGGAAUAUGAGACGACCAUUAAACUUGACGCCGCAUGCUGCAGGUGAUUUUCCACCACCGUCAGUUCUCUCAACACUAUCAAUUUAUUGUCCGCGGUUGAUGAUACUCGAAGCUCACAUAAGCAGGGAAACGUUGCCGCAUUUUCUGGUGUUGUUGGAAAAUUGUUUUCAUCUAGAACAAUUAUGUAUUUCGGUCGGAACUGAAUUGAUGGAUGAUGAAUCAUUUUGGACGGACAUGGCUAAGUUGCUGCCGAUGAAAUUGCGAAAUCUAUUGAUCGUAAUUGAAGGGACUUUUUGGUUGAUGGUGUUACAUUGGCUAUUGGGUAAUUGCAGGGCGCCACUGAAAAUAUUACAAUUUCCAAGGAGUAUUUGUAUUGACGAUGAAUAUCUUUGCAUAAUUACUCAAUAUGCAAAGAGAAUGGGAACGUUGAAAAGGCUAGCGUUGGCAAAGAGGACAAAGAUCUCAUCGGAGGGUUUAAGAAAAGCUUUGAUUGUAUUUGAGAGUGUUACAAGGAUCGGCGAGUGGAACGAGGAUGAAGAUAAUUUGCGAUGA